AGCGUAUUUGUAUUUUGAAACGCAUAGGCGGAGCUAGUUCAGUCGGUGGGCCGCCUUAAGCUUUUCUCUGUUCAUUUCUCGCGGCAAGAAAGGUCAGACUGAAGGUUCAAGAGUCAUGGAAGAAGAAAACUUGAAAAUUGAUAUUGAUCAGUUACUUGAGGCAGCGACUGAUUUCGCACUCUAUCUAGACGUUCAUUCCGAAGCUUCGGUGAAGCAAUUUGUCGAUCGCUUUCCGAUUCCUACCAUCAUCAGCGUUUUACAAACGAGAAGAGAACCGUCUAAUCUUGAAGUUAUUUUGACUACUUGCUUAGAAAAGAUCUUCGCAACUAAAUAUGGAGUUUCUCUGGUUCCGGAAUUCCUGGGUUUCAUUGUGAUGGGCCUCAAAGCUGAUUCCGAGGAAGGCAGAAUUGCAGCCUGUAAAACAGUGUCUUCCUUUCUGAAAAAUGCUGAAGAAAAUACUUCUGCUCCACAACUACUUCUUGAUCAUGGGAUAUAUCCACUUUUACUCGACUGCCUCAUUAACGGUGAUUCCCGAGUUUCCACUGCAUCAGUGAAUGCCAUCAUAGAUUUAGCUGGCUCUCCAGAAGGAAUGGCGGCCAUUUUUCCAGUCAAUGAACAGGAACCUGAACACCUGAAGAAUGUUGCAGCAAGAGGCACAUCUGUGGCAAGAGUCCGAGUUUUUUCUCUGGUUUCAAAACUUUUCUCCAUUUCAAGCUCUACUGCAGCUGUAGUUUACAAAUCAAAUCUUCUGAAUCUAAUAAUUGAACAAGUAAACGAUAUGGAAGAUUCAAUUGUAACUUCAACCAUUCUGGAGCUAUUAUACGAGAUCCAUUUGGCAGAAGUUCAGCACGGGACUGAGUUUUUACUGAAGAAAAAUCUGUUUCAGAUUCUUACAUCCAUUAUUGGAAACUUAUCUGCUAAAUCAGAAUUACGAGAAAGAGCAAUGAUCAUUGUUGGGAGGCUAAUACCGGAGGAGAAUGCUUUUACUUGCAUUGAUGAAUCUAGUAUUAAAAGUUAUCUCUCAGUAAUUUCUGGAAGGACUGGGUUGUUUUGGAACAAAGAUGCAGAUGAGACUGAAUUUGCAGAUGAGAACGAAUGCGCAUUUUGGACCUUGGCUCAAAUUGGUUCAUCUUUUCAAGGAGCUCUCUUGCUGCUACAAAGUCCUUCCCCUAUCAUGAGGCAUGUUAUCAAUACUGCUUUUGAUCAGCAUGCCCGUCACAAGCAGCUGGCUGCACUACAUGCUCUUGGGAACAUCUCAGGAGAAACUCGUCCUCAACAUAAGAGGAUUCUCAAUGUUGAUGCAGAAGAAAACCUGAAAAACCUCAUGUAUGAAACAGCAUCAAGCACUUGGAAGCAUACGCCCUCUGGACUUCUCCUAUCAGUUCUCCGACAGGGACCCGAAUUCUGCCUGGCAGGAUAUAGAGUGAUAGAAGGCAUGGUGUGUCGGCCAUGGUGCCUGAUGGAGAUAUGUUCUAGGCAAGAGAUAAUAGAGUCAGUGAUCAACACGAAUAAGGACACGAGUAAGCAAGGUUUGGAAGCUAGCUACAAAUGUUGUCAAGCAAUUCUUAGCGCCCUGACAUCUUCAGGCAACGUGCAUAAUGACGAUGCUCUUACACAAAUUACUAUGAAGUUGGAUGAGGUUGUUAGAAGAGGUCCUUAUCUUGCGAGAAAGAAUGUUGGAGCUCAACCGUUGGUUAUGACAGCUGAAAGAUUUUGAGAUGUUGGAGCUCAACCUUGGUAUGUUUUCUUAAUUUUAUUAUAAAACUUUGUUGUUAAAGUUAGAGUCAAAAUGUUUGAUAAAUAACACACCAAUAACUUUGUUAUAUUUUCUUCUUACCAAAUAUUUCAUAAUCCCUA